AUGCGAUGCGCGAGCAAGGCCGCCGAGAGCGCGUCUGCACGUCUCUGUGCGGACGCCGAAGCAGAAACUACAGCAACUGAUGUCCCAUCGGUUGCUGAAUCGACUCAGCCUGUAUCACCUGGUGAUGCAGGCGCUGGUCAUGAAGACACUCGUGUCUUCACAGAGUACGAGCUCGGUGUCUCGUACUCUCCUGAUACGGAUGACGGAUCCGUAUCGACGGCAAUUGAAUCCAAGCCGCCUGCCAAGCGUGGCAUGGACGAUGCUUUGCGUCGCAGCAUCUUUGGUUCAUCUGAUGAGUCAGAUGAACCAUCGCCGAAGCGAAGGCGCUCGAGGUCGCGAGACUCGGGCGCUAAUAGUGGUGUCGUUUCUCCAAUGGACACCACUUCACAGCGAGGUGCCAGUACUUCUGUCGGCACGUCGCAGGAAGAGCGGGACCGCAAUGUGUUGCGUCUCGCUCCAGAAAAGAAGGCAUGGAUGCCUCCUAAAUCUGUCAUGGAUCACUUGUCGGCGACGACGAGUGAUCGUUAUCGAACACGAUUGUUCGAUUCGUCGAGGAUUCAUCACCUUGACCCCAGCGCGAAAGACUAUCGCGCUGAACAUGAGUUCUUCAUCGAUGCUUUCUUCUAG